AUGCCGUGUCCAGGCCUGGAACUGCUCGCUGCCGGCUCCUCGCUCUCCUGCCGUCCCUUCCCCGCUGCCCCGGCUCCUCGGCGUGCGGCGUUCCUUACACAGUCCGUCUGCCUGGAUGACACAACGGUAAAGUUUGAGAUCUGGGAUACGGCCGGGCAGGAGAGAUACCACAGUCUGGCCCCGAUGUACUACCGGGGGGCACAAGCCGCCAUCGUGGUCUAUGAUAUCACCAACCAGAAGUUGCCAAAGAGCGAGCCCCAGAGCACGAGCGGCGCGGCGGGCAGGAGCAGAGGUGUGGACCUGCACGAGCAGAGCCAGCAGAACAAGAGCCAGUGUUGUAGCAACUAA